AUGAUUCGAUGGGACGCUGCCGGUGAGCAUAUCAUUGUGGAACGGCCCGAACAGCUUGCUCUUCAUGUUCUUCCCUCUGUGUACCGACAAUCACGCUUCGCGAGCUUUUCCCGUCAGCUCAAUGUACGUGCUUUUUUACUUGCCUCCAUUGCGUCGCAUUGCGUCGUCCCCGCCCUCCUAGAUGCCCGUUAUCAAUCCCCGUCCGUUCCAAACAAAUUUAUGGUUUCAUGCGCAAAGUCAACCUCCGCAAUAUUGAUUCGACAAUUGACGAUCCUGAUGCUAGCACAUGGUGUACCCCAUCCGACCCUAAGAAGAAACUCGCCGGCAGACGUCAUUGCCAACUUCAAGCGGAGGGUUCCGCCCAGGCUUCCCAAACCAAGAAAGAGGCCAGAAGAUUCUGCCCUCACUUCGGGGGCGCCUCGUACCGCCGUAAGUCUACUGCCCUUCCCCUCUUAUCUCGAUCCUAAGUCCGACACCUUGAAGGGUCGUGCAAGAGGUUUUUCUGCUCCUGGAUCUUACACCCAACCACAGCCAACAUGGCAGAGCGCGACUCCGUUUGGUCAAGCGCAUGCCCGUCAAGCACUUCCGCCUCUGGCGCCGCUCUCGACGCAAUCCAAUAUGCCCCUGUAUCCGAGCGGGCCACAUUCGUCAACAGGUUACAUGGGGCAUCAGCCCCCUCCCGGUAACGGACUUCAUCACCGUUCGUCUCACGGCAAUCUGUUACAUCCGCUUACGCCUGCAACUCCAGACGAUCCCCAUAGCCCCCACCAUCUCACCCCAGGUGGCUAUUCAACACACCCUCAAGGUUAUGGACAAUCCGGCAGGGACCCCAUCUUCCUCUCUGGAGGACAUGGGUCGUCCCAGGGAACCGGUUAUGGAUACAAUCCAGAUGGAGGUGCUCCUCAUAGCAAUUGGUCAUUCUUACCCCCACUCCAGACGGGGAAUACAACUGGUCCGUUGUCGUCUUUGUUAAAUCCGUCCACCACCCGGAAACAGCACUCAUACUCAAGUACUUCCUCCUCACAACUUACAGCUCAGGGUAAUAAUGCAUCUGUAUCGCCUGAUAGCCGGCCAACAACGGGUUACUCGGUCGCAUCGUCCUCGAUGUCGAUCCCGUACGAAGAUAUGAGCAAUGAUUACCGCCCAAGAUCCAGUGCGGGGGGACGUCCAAUGACGCCUACUGCCAUGAACUCUGGUCGCCCUCCUUCCGCCCACAGCCGCCCCUCGAGCGCAAUUGCAGGAACAGGACCACCACCACCCAGCCACCUCAGGAUUGGAAGAGCGCGCAGGCAUUCUCAAGCAGUUUCUCCGUAUCCAGCUCCCUUCUACGACAUCAAUGAUGGACGACCAGUGACUGCUCCCGACAAUACCAGCGUUCACCGAGUGCGGUCGUUUGGCAACCUGCCUCAAGUCGAUUCCAUUGGCGAAGAAACGGGACCACAGGGCGGCUCCGGGGUUGGUCAAGCACCCUUCAUGGGAUUUAAUGGCACACACGCAGACUUUGCCUAUAGUGCCGGCGGUGGCGGCAAUCCUAACCUGGAGCCUAUGGAUGGAGGCUGGCUCAAUGGCUCUGGAGCAUCACAUGCCCCACCGAGCCUGAACCCACCCCCAAGCGGUACGACCUCGAGUAUGCAGGGCAGACCCAGUACGGCGGCGUCCACCAUGUCGGCCCACUCGAGCGCGAGCGCGACCCAGACCCCACCAGUUAUGGAUACAUCCUUUACGGGGCAUGAUACAGAUAUUAAUCGGUGUGAGUAG